UACCCCUUUCAUUGCCGGAGGGAAGAGGGUUCUUUCCAUUUAGCUGAGGUUAGCAAAAUUGUGGAAAAGAAUCAUCAUGGCGAAAUUGUAUCUUUCCCUCCUGUUAACAUGUUUGGCGGUGAUCAUACCUACAUUAGUGCAUGCCAAUAUGAAAGAGGAAAGCUCAUACUGGGAAAAGCAGCUUCCAGUGCUUAGUGAUUCAUAUUGGAAGGAAAAAGCAGAAAUUGCUGCAAAGGCAAACGAAGAAGCUUAUACUCCUGAUCCUUAUGCGGUAUCCGGCAACCUGACUUCCACUAUUAGCGAAAUGAUAAUUGGUGGCAAGAAAGGAAGAAGGAAUCUCCGAGGACGUAAAACAGCUGGUCCAUGCAUGGCUACAAACCCCAUUGACAGGUGUUGGAGGUGCGAUCCUAACUGGGCAAACAAUCGCAAGAAGCUUGCAGAUUGUGUGCAGGGUUUCGGAAGGAAGACAACCGGUGGAAAGGCUGGUCCUUUCUAUGUGGUAACUGAUCCCUCAGAUAGUGACAUGGUGAAUCCACGUCCAGGUACCCUUAGGCACGCAGUUACAAGAAAUGGUCCUUUGUGGAUCAUUUUUGCUCGUAGCAUGAACAUUAGGCUCAACCAAGAGCUCAUAAUGACGAGCGACAAGACCAUUGACGGUCGAGGAGCUGAUAUUGUCAUUGCUAAUGGGGCUGGUAUUACUAUCCAGUACAUCAGGAAUGUGAUCAUCCAUGGGAUCAAAGUUUUUGACAUUGUGGUUGGUAGUGGUGGACUUGUUAGAGAUUCUGAGAACCAUUAUGGUCUAAGGACAAUGAGUGAUGGGGAUGGAAUUUCAAUUUUUGGCUCCAGCAAUAUUUGGAUUGACCAUGUUUCCAUGAGAAACUGCAGAGAUGGACUCAUUGAUGCCAUUAUGGGAUCCACUGCUAUUACCAUCUCCAAUAGCCAUUUCACAGAUCACAACGAGGUAAUGCUGUUUGGUGCAAGUGAUGGAUAUGAUGCUGAUCAGAAAAUGCAGAUCACAGUUGCAUUCAACCACUUCGGUAAGAGAUUAAUCCAAAGGAUGCCAAGGUGCAGAUUUGGUUUUAUCCAUGUGGUUAACAAUGACUACACUCACUGGGAAAUGUAUGCCAUUGGUGGUAGCAAACAUCCUACCAUUAUCAGUGAGGGUAACCGAUUCAUAGCCCCUGACAACGGCUAUGCUAAAGAGAUAACAAAGAGGGAGUACUCACCAGAAUCAGAGUGGAAAAACUGGCAAUGGAGAUCAAUCAACGACGUGUACAUGAACGGAGCAUUUUUCAGACAAGGUGGAUCUGAGCUGACUAACAGACCAUUCUCAAAGAAGGACAUGAUCACAGCUAAGCCUGGAGCUUAUGUGGGAAGGCUUACUCGUUAUUCAGGCAGCCUUAAAUGCAUAGUGGGGAAGCCUUGUUAACCUUGAAGAUUCCCUUCCUGAAAUCAAUUAUCAUUGAUGCACAAAUGGCUUUUGGCAAAGGAGAUCAAGAAAGAUGUGUCAUCUGAAACAAUGCAACUAUUUUUUCUUGUGUGCUUUUCCUCAGUUUUAAAUUAAAGAAACAAAAGUGAAAAAAAAAAUCUUGGAAAAUAUGUAAAGAUCAUUACAAAACUGUGUAUCAUUCCACAAUCUACAUAUUCUUUGAAAAAAAUGUAAAAAAAAAAAACAUCACAAAAUUGUUUCUCCACAAUCAACAUAUUCUUUGACAUAAA